CGCGGAGCCGAGCGCACAGAGCGCAGCGCCGGAGCCGAGCCGCGAGGAGCGCACGCCGCGGCCCAGAUGGAGCGGUUCAAAGCCCUGGAGCAGCUGCUGACGGAGCUGGAUGGCUUCCUCAGGAUUCUGGACCAAGAGAACCUGAGCAGCACAGCUGUGGUGAAGAAGAGUGGCGUGGCCGAGCUCCUCCGGCUUUACACCAAAAGCAGCAGUUCUGACGAGGAGUACAUUUAUAUGAACAAAGUGACGGUCCACAAGCAACAGGAUGCUGAGUCCCAAGACAAAGCGCCCAAGGAGCAGAGCCCACUGACCAACGGUGAGCCCAGCCAGCCCUCCUCGGCCCCUCAGAAGAGUCUUCCAGACCUCCCGCCACCCAAGAUGAUUCCAGAGCGGAAACAGCUCUCCAUCCCAAAGAUCGAGUCUCCAGAGGGUUACUAUGAAGAGGCUGAACCGUAUGACACAUCCCUCAAUGAGGACGGAGAGGCAGUGAGCAGCUCGUACGAGUCCUACGACGAGGACGAAAGCAGCAAGGGCAAGUCGGCCCCCUACCAGUGGCCCUCGCCCGAGGCCAGCAUCGAGCUGAUGCGCGACGCCCGCAUCUGUGCUUUCCUGUGGCGCAAGAAGUGGCUGGGCCAGUGGGCCAAGCAGCUCUGCGUGAUCAAGGACACCAGGCUCCUGUGUUACAAGUCGUCCAAGGACCACAGUCCUCAGCUGGACGUGAACCUGCUGGGCAGCAGCGUGGUGCACAAGGAGAAGCUGGUGCGGAAGAAGGAGCACAAGCUGAAGAUCACGCCGAUGAACGCCGACGUGAUCGUGCUGGGCCUGCAGAGCAGGGACCAGGCUGAGCAGUGGCUCAGGGUCAUCCAGGAGGUGAGUGGCCUGCCUUCUGAAGGAGCCUGUGAGGCAAGCCAGUACACCCCAGAUGCCCAGCGCCACAGCUGUCCGAAACCAGAUAUAACUGAGAAGUACCUGUCAGCCUCGGAGUGUGGAAGCUCCAUAGAUGGCCACCCUGAGGUCCCAGAGACCAAAGAUGUCAAGAAGAAAUGUUCUGCUGGCCUCAAACUAAGCAACCUAAUGAACCUGGGCAGGAAGAAAUCUACCUCGCUGGAGCCUCCGGAAAGGUCCCUCGAGACAUCCAGUUACCUGAACGUGCUGGUGAACGGCCAGUGGAAGUCGCGCUGGUGCUCCGUCAGGGACAGUCACCUGUACUUCUACCAGGACCGGAACCGCAGCAAGGCGGCCCAGCAGCCCCUCAGCCUGGUGGGCUGUGAGGUGGUGCCGGACCCGAGCCCUGACCACCUCUACUCCUUCCGCAUCCUCCACGAUGGCGAGGGCCUGGCCAAGCUCGAGGCCAAGUCUUCCGAGGAAAUGGGCCAUUGGCUAGGCCUCCUGCUCUCUGAGUCGGGCUCCAAGACAGACCCAGAAGAAUUCACUUACGACUAUGUUGAUGCCGAUAGGGUUUCCUGUAUCGUAAGCGCCGCCAAAACCUCUCUGCUACUGAUGCAGAGAAAGUUCUCAGAGCCGAACACUUACAUUGACGGCCUGCCCAGCCAGGAUCACCAGGAGCUGCUGUAUGAUGACGUGGAGGUGUCGGAGCUGACGGCUGUGGGGGAGGCCCCUGAGGAAGCUACUCCUGCGACAGAUGCUCCGAGUGAGCCUGACCCCGACCGCGUAUACCUGGACCUCACGCCCGUCAAGUCCUUCCUGCACGGCACCGGCGGUGCACAGGCCCGGGCCCCCUCGCCCACGCUGCCCCAGCCGGACCCUCCGGCCAAGGCCCUCCCUGCAGACCUGAACCCCACCCCCGAUGAGCCCCUCGUAAAGUCUCCAGAGAACCCCGAGUUGCAGAUGCAGCAGGAGAGUCAGGAACCUGAGGAGCCUUCCCUGGGAAUCACGGCAGUCAAAAUCCAGACUGAACAGCAGAAGAUCUCCUUCCCACCGAGCUGCCCUGACACUGUGCCCGUCGCCCCAGCCGGGGCCAGCCCACCUGUGAAAGACAGGUUGAAGGCAACCAACGCAGAGAUCAAACUUGGCAAGAACAGGACAGAAGCCGAGGUGAGGCGGUACACAGAGGAGAAGGAGAGACUUGAGAAGAAGAAGGUAGAAAUCCGGGGGCACCUGGCUCAGCUCCGGAGGGAGAAACGGGAGUUGAAGGAGACCCUGUUGAAGUGUACAGACAAGGGGGCGGCGGCCAGCCUGGAGGAGAAGCUGAAGGAGGUCGAGGAGGAGUGCCGGGUGGAGGAGCGCAGGCGCGUGGACCUGGAGCUCAGCAUCGUGGAGGUGAAGGACAGCCUGAAGAAGGCCGAGGCCGGGCCCGUGACGCUGGGCACGACUGUAGACACCACCCACCUGGAGAACGUGAGCCCCCGGCCCAAAGCUGCCACCCCGACUCCUGCCCCGGACUGCACCCCAGUCAACUCCGCAACUGCGCUCAAGAACAGGCCUCUGUCGGUCAUGGUCACGGGCAAAGGCACCGUCCUCCAGAAAGCCAAGGAAUGGGAGAAGAAAGGAGCAAGUUAGGAAACCAACUUCAUCUAGAGACUCCUGUCAAUAUGGACCUUGGUGACAAUCCUGCUUCGUUACAGUCUUCGUUAAAGCAGCAACUCUGUAAAAGGGUGAGUCUGUUUACGAGAAAAAGGAAGGACUGGGGUUCUAUGAAUGGAAAACUUCAGCUAAGAGGAGGCUCUGUCCCUUUGCAGAGCCAAAGGAAAUAAUACGACAGCAACAAAAAAGACAUUUUUGGAGAUCUAAGUCUAUUGGUUGUAAACAUUACAUUGCUGUAUUUAGGGGUAUUCUGUGUUUCUUCCUGGAAGUUUUCAGCAAUUGCUUUAUCAAGCUUUUUAAGUGAAAAGAUUCUGAUGUGGAGACUUUGGUGGAAGAGAAAUUAAGGUAGCAGGGUGCUGUCCCACUGAUCACAUGGCUUUGGUGAUUGAGAAGGUCUAAACUCCUGUCAUCUCCUGAUUCUUAGCAGUGUCAGGGGUUAAACUGUCCUUGUCUUCAACUGUGUACAACCAUCUAUGGUUUUUUGAGAAAUGGUAACGGGGAAAACAUUUGGGACCAAGCUGAGGCACUGUUCCCGGUAAAUUAAGGACUUUUUUCAGGCUGAAGCAGGCCAGAACCAAUUGCUUUUAAAUAAAAUUUUAAGUGAUGCUGUAUUACAUAGAAAAAACAAUGUUUCAAAUCCUGUAAUUUAGAACAGUGAAAAGUGUCUUUUGAGAUUUAACUGACAUUUUACAUUACCAUAGAAACAAGAUUACCCUGUGUUUACAGAUUCGGUCCUGUGGUGAGGCGAUUUUUAAGAGAAGAGUUAUUUAAUAUAAUGUUCUCUUCGUCCCUGUUUUUUAAAGUUGUGCUCGAUGUCCAGGCCCUUUCCAAGAAAAAGGGCAAAUUUUGUUUCUGGUGGUCUCUUCUCUUAAAAUUGGCAGUGCCUUUCUUUGUGUUUCCCGUUCUUCUCUUCUGAUGGCAUUGGUUAACACAGGUUGGAACAUUUCACCUAUCAUCUCUCAGCCUCAUUUCUGGGGGUUCUGAAUCAGAGUUCUUUAACACUGGUUCCUGAGAACUAAAGGUCUUUUGAGUCUUAUUGUCUUUCUAAUCCCAGGGCAUUUAUUUCCUUUGUCAUAAACACUUGGUGUCCCAAGUGGUGAGUUAGUGUUUUUUUUUGUUUUUUUUUUAAUAAAAUGUUAAUUGUA